AUGCCAACUCCGGCACUACAUCCUCUGCUUCAGGCCAGUGUAUAUCUAAAUGGACGACUGGUAACCACACAGAAGCUACAAUACAUUGUACAAACAGCUGGUGGAGCAGCAACGCAGUUGGCCCAGACUCAUGUUGUGAACGCUAUGAUAGGCACUUUACCAAUUAUGCGAAGACCAAGUCGAUUGAGGUACCGUCUUGCCUCUACAUUCUUGAUAGAGGAACCGCUGACACCAGAAGCAGUGCGUGCUAUCUAUGAUCUACAACCACAUUAUGUUGGUAGUCUGCAAGCACUUGGACCUGAAAGGACAUCUUUAGUGCAGGAGGAAAAGAUUGUUUUUGCCUUAAAUGGAAUGGCUACCAGCGAAAUGACUUUAGCUAAGAUACGCACUGUUUACAACAAGCUGGAUGCGGAGAUAUUGGCACCUCACGUGAGUAUCAAAGUCCUUUGCUGGCCAACUUAUGUGACAUUGGGCAUCUCGUCGAGUGACAAUAGCACGCCCCUCAGAAUAAUGCUGAAUACAGUUGCACAUGCUCCUGGUGCUGGAAGAUCGUUUGGUGCUGUGAUCAUAGGCUUAAACCGUUCCAGAUAUUUGGGCAUGCGCACGUUUAUCCCCAGACCUGUGCCUCGCCUUCUUGACUCCAUGGGUGGCUUUGCUUGCUUAUAU